AUGACGAACCCGAUUCCACCACCACCGCCGCCUCCCGACGAGAGCACCAGCCCCAAAUCACCCAAGUCAAAGCUUUCACAGACACAGAGGGCAAGAUGGGCUACUCGUAAGAUGACAGUCAAGAGCAGCGCGAACAAGCGUUCGUCGCUGCUGAAUCGCAUGCACAACCGGACGCAAUCGAGCGCCAGUGAGAAGCGCCGCAGUGGCGCCCCAGCGGGUCAGAACCCAGAUGGUGACGAUGGCCAGGAUGAUGAGAACCCUAAGAAAACCGGUGAUGUCGCUGGCUCUGAUGACGGCUCCGAGGAUGAAUCCGAAAACCGUCAGCUGUAUUUCAACCUGCCGCUCCCCGAUGAGCUCCUGGAAGAGGGCCAUCCCAUCACCGAGUAUCCGCGAAACAAGAUCCGAACCGCCAAGUACACCCCCCUCUCGUUCGUUCCGAAGAACCUGUGGUUUCAAUUCCACAACAUUGCCAACAUCUUCUUCUUAUUUUUGAUCAUCUUGGGCUUCUUUUCCAUUUUCGGUACCGUUAAUCCGGGAUUGAACGCCGUCCCCCUGAUUGUUAUCGUCUGCCUUACCGCCAUCAAGGACGCCAUUGAGGAUUACCGAAGAACCGUUCUCGACAACGAGCUGAACAAUGCACCUGUCCAUCGACUUCACGGCUGGACCAACGUCAAUGUUGAAGAGGACAAUGUCACGGCAUGGAGGAAGUUCAAGAAGGCCAACUCGGCCUUCUUUGGACGUAUGUGGCGCGCCAUUCAGAGCACGUGGUCUAAGAAAGCUCGUGCUGAACGCCAGAGACGCAAAAUGCCUGUUAUUGAAGAGGAGCCUCGAACUUCGAUUGAAACCGUUCGGACCAGGCGGACCACGCGCGAUUCCAUGGCGUCUCCGUUUGAACGCCGCGAGUCGUACGUCUCCAACCCCGAUGAUAUUCAGAUGACUCCGGUAGCUUCGCCUACGCCCAACGCCAUUCACUUUGAGAUCCCCGAGCGGGGCGACGCCAAGCGAGCCGACGCUCUUGCCACCAUGAAGUCGGAUCUUAUCAACUACGAAUGUCAAACUCUGGGCGCCCGCUUUGCAAAGGAUACUUGGAAGAACCUUGUGGUUGGAGAUUUCGUGCGUAUCUAUAAGGACGAUGAGCUUCCUGCCGAUGUCAUCAUUCUCUCCACCUCGGAUCCCGACGGCGCUUGCUAUGUUGAAACCAAAAACUUGGACGGCGAAACCAAUCUCAAGGUCCGACAGGCUCUUCGCUGUGGACGCGGCAUCAAGCAUGCUCGAGACUGCGAGCGUGCCCAGUUCCGCAUUGAGAGCGAGGGCCCACACCCCAACCUGUACAAGUACAACGGUGCCAUCCGGUGGCAGCAGAAGGUUCCCGGCUACUUGGACGAUGAACCGGAAGAGAUGACUGAGGCAAUUACUAUUGAUAACCUGAUGCUACGUGGCUGCAACCUCCGAAACACCGAAUGGAUUUUGGGCGUUGUUGUCUUCACUGGACACGAUACCAAGAUCAUGAUGAACGCUGGUGUCACUCCCAGCAAGCGCGCCCGCAUUGCCCGAGAGAUGAACUGGACCGUCAUUUGCAACUUCAUCAUUCUCUCCGUCAUGUGCUUACUCGCGGCCAUUGUCAACGGCGUGUCUUGGGCCAAGGACGAUGCUUCCCAGCACUUUUUCGAUUUCGGUUCCAUCGGCGGCAGCUCUGGCGUCACUGGUUUCGUCACCUUUUGGGCGGCUAUUAUUCUCUUCCAGAACUUGAUUCCCAUUUCCCUCUACAUCACGCUUGAAAUUGUGCGAACCCUGCAGGCCAUCUUCAUCUUCAAUGACGUGCAAAUGUAUUACGAACCGAUCGAUCAGCCCUGUAUCCCCAAAUCUUGGAACAUCUCCGACGAUGUUGGGCAAAUCGAAUACAUCUUCUCGGACAAGACUGGAACACUUACUCAAAACGUCAUGGAGUUCAAGAAGGCUUCCAUCAAUGGACAGCCAUAUGGUGAAGCUUGGACCGAGGCUCAGGCUGGCAUGCAGAAGCGCCUUGGUGUCGAUAUCGAGAAGGAAUCUGAGAGGAUCCUCGCUGAAAUCGCCGAGGCUAAAGUGCAAGCGCUACUGGGCCUCCGCAAAAUCCACGACAACCCGUAUCUCCACGACGACGCCAUCACCUUUAUCGCACCCGACUUUGUCGCUGACUUGGCUGGCCACCACGGAACCGAGCAGCAGCAGGCUAACGAAAACUUUAUGCUCGCUUUGGCACUUUGUCACGCAGUCAUGGCUGAACGAACUCCUGGAGACCCACCUUCCGUCAUCUUCAAGGCCCAGUCCCCCGAUGAAGAGGCUUUGGUCGCCACAGCUCGUGAUAUGGGCUUCACUGUAUUGGGUAACAAUUCUGAUGGUAUCAAUGUCAAUGUCAUGGGUGAAGAACGCCACUACCCGCUCCUCAACACCAUUGAGUUCAACUCCACCCGAAAGCGAAUGAGUACUAUUAUCCGCAUGCCUGAUGGCCGAAUUGUUCUGUUCUGCAAGGGUGCCGACACGGUCAUCUACGCUCGACUCAAGAGGGGUGAGCAAAAGGAGUUGCGACAGGUCACCGCCGAACACUUGGAAAUGUUUGCUCGCGAAGGUCUGCGUACCCUCUGCAUUGCCCAAAGGGAACUCACCGAACAGGAAUACCGUCAAUGGAAGAAGGAACAUGAUAUUGCUGCCGCUGCCCUGGAAAACCGUGAGGAGAAGCUCGAGGCUGUUGCCGAGCUCAUCGAACAGGAUCUCACGCUUCUUGGAGGUACUGCUAUUGAGGAUCGUCUCCAAGAUGGCGUGCCCGAAACUAUCCAGUUGCUGGGUGAAGCCGGUAUCAAGCUCUGGGUUCUGACCGGUGACAAAGUCGAGACUGCUAUCAACAUUGGUUUCUCCUGCAACCUGCUCAACAACGAUAUGGAGCUCAUCAACAUCAAGGUCGACGAGGAUGCCGCUGACGGCGAAGGCGCCGCCGCCGAAGACAUCUUCAUCUCUCACAUUGAAAAGCAACUGGAUGAGAAUCUGAAGACGUUUGGCUUGACUGGCGGCGAGGAAGAUCUUGCUGCAGCCAAAAAGAGCCACGAGCCCCCAGCCCCUACGCACGGAGUGGUCAUUGAUGGUUUCAGCCUUCGAUGGGCCUUGGACGAUCGCCUGAAGCAAAAGUUCCUCCUUCUGUGCAAGCAAUGCCGUUCCGUCUUGUGCUGCCGUGUCAGCCCCGCUCAGAAGGCCGCCGUCGUGUCCAUGGUCAAGAAUGGAUUGGAUGUCAUGACUCUGUCUAUCGGUGACGGUGCCAACGAUGUUGCCAUGAUUCAAGAAGCUGAUGUCGGCGUCGGUAUUGCUGGUGUUGAGGGUCGACAAGCUGCCAUGUCUUCCGACUAUGCCAUUGCCCAGUUCCGAUUCUUGCAGCGACUGGUGUUGGUCCACGGACGCUGGUCAUACCGCCGUUUGGCCGAGUCCAUUCCCAACUUCUUCUACAAGAACAUGGUGUGGACUUUUAGCAUUUUCUGGUUUUCCAUUUACACCAACUUCGACAUGACGUAUCUCUUCGAAUAUACCUAUGUCCUGAUGUUUAACCUGUUCUUCACCUCGGUUCCCGUUGCCAUCAUGGGCGUGCUUGAUCAGGACGUCUCGGAUUCUGUCUCAUUGGCCGUGCCGCAGCUAUAUCGCCGUGGUAUUGAACGAUUGGAAUGGACACAGAAGAAGUUUUGGCUAUACAUGCUUGACGGUAUCUACCAAUCCGUCAUGGUUUUCUACAUCCCAUAUCUGCUCUUUAUGCCUGCUCGACCCGUGACAGAGAACGGCCUGGGAGUAGAUGACCGGUACCGACUUGGAGCCUAUAUUGCGCACCCUGCCGUCUUGACCAUCAACGCUUACAUCUUGAUGAACACGUACCGAUGGGACUGGCUCAUGCUGCUCAUUGUGGCUCUCAGUGACAUCUUCAUCUUCUUCUGGACCGGCAUCUACACAUCGUUUACCUCGUCUGACCAGUUCUAUGGAGCCGCCAGGGAGAUCUAUGGCGAGGCCACUUUCUGGGCUGUCUUUGUUCUUGUUCCUGUAGUCUGCCUUUUCCCAAGAUUUACUAUCAAAUCUCUGCAGAAAGUCUACUUCCCGUAUGACGUGGACAUUAUUCGAGAGCAGGAGAGGCAGGGCGCUUUCGCCCAUCUCAAGGUGGAGAGCGAGACGGUCGAAGCAGUCAGUGACGAGAAGAGCCAGAAGUCCAAAUCAUCUGGCAGCUCGCGCCGAGCGAAGCACAACCAGUAUGCCAGCGUUGACGAAGACCUGCGACCCAUCUACCCUCCGUCAACAGUGACGCGAACAACGACGCAAAACUACCACAGCCAGACUGGCAGCGACAGCACCAACUAUACUGGUAAUCGCUUCUCUCUCGACGUUCCAGCGCAACAACAGACCCGACCAAGCAUGGACCGAGCCAGGCCAUCAUAUGAUCGAAUGCGCCAGUCAAUGGACCGCAUCCGAUACAGUUACGAGGCUAGCAGCGAUUUUACCUCUGCUGCACGGCUGUCUCGCAUUGAGUCAAGUCGAUCCCAUGGCGCCUCGGGCCUUACUUCGCGGCUGCGUGGGCUUUCAUUGACUAAGAGCGCUAAUGUAUAG